GACUGUCCUACUUUCCUGUAAACAGUGCUUGAGUCACACACGGGUAGUCUCUGUCAGGAUAUAACUGAGGGGAAUUAGCAGAGUUUUGGAAUAACUGGGCAUCUAAACAAUAAAAGCUCGUGAAGAUGAAUUCCUGGCUCAUGCACGCGCUCUCGGUGAUGUUCGUCUUCUGUUCCCGUGACGCCAUCUCGUGUCCAAAGCGAUGCACGUGCCACUUCAGCGCCAAAAGCACCGAGGUGGUGUGUCCUGAUGCUGGCCUCUCUCAUUUCCCUGGAGACGGUCUCCCAGGCAACACCACCUCCUUAACCAUCCAGUUCACCAACCUGAGCGUGCUGACCUCUCAACACCUGAAAGCCAUCCCACUGCUAGAGGAGUUACACCUGCCCGGAAACAAACUGAGCAGCUUACCAGCAGAUCUUCUGAAGGACCUUCAUUACCUGCACACCAUAGACCUCACGGACAAUGAACUUCGAGAGCUGCCUGCGUAUGUUUUCCAUCAUGCUCCACUCCUCAACCUGGUGCUGAAAGACAACCGCAUCUCCAACCUCCACCCAGACUGGCUGCCCAGCAACAGCAAUCUCACAUGGUUGGAUUUGUCCGGAAACCAUCUUAUGAAAUUCCCAAUGGCCCAACUCCAAAGUCUGAGUCAGCUAAAGAUUCUGCACCUCUCGCAGAACAAACUCGAAGAGCUUCCAGUCGGGUGUCUGGAUGCUCACCCUGCUCUAGAGAGACUUCAUUUGGACCAGAACAAAAUCCAGUCCCUGGAUGUGAAAGCCUUUAGUCAUUCUGCUAACCUGACUCACAUCUUCCUGCAGAAAAAUCGACUAGACGGCCUCCCGCCACCUGUAUUUCAAGGGCUCAAGCGCUUGGAGUAUGUUGACCUCAGUGAAAACAGGCUGCAGUUUCUGUCUCCUGGCAUAUUAGAUAUUAAUACCAGUUGGGUGGAGUUGACCUUUAACCCGUGGCAUUGUGACUCUAAAAUAGAGUACCUGUGGAGGAAACUGACCAUGGAGUCGCUGCAAACAGAGCCCAAAUGUGCUACACCAGAGAAUCUGAAAGAUCGUGUCAUUGCAACACUCACCCGCAAAGAAAUGGGCCUGCCGGAGUAAGA